GGCCGGACCCCCACUCCGCCACCGCCACGACAUCUUUCGGCGGCUACCCUACGAAUUGCGCAUCGAAGUUGUCAAGCACCUCGUCGCUUGGAAGGACUUCGGAAGCGUUUGGUCGCUUUUGGAAACGACGAGGUCUUGGUGGGAUGUUCUCGCUCCUUUCCUUCUGGCGCGCGAAUCAGCUACCCUUGACGACUCUUUACCGGGCACCAGCAACCGUUUUGAGCUUCCAGAGAUGCAAAAACACGUCAAAAGAUUCAAGUGGCGAGCGGAGGUCCCCUUCGACAUGUGCUCUUCCGCUCAUAUGCUGCGCCUCCUCGAUGAACCCUUGCCAAGGCCGCUACCACACCCUUUCGAGCUGUUGUUCAUGGAUCGACGGAAGCUGGUGAAGCUACCGCCUUACACCUCUCUCGAUCAUGACGGACCACCAGAAGAGUGCUUGCUGACAUGCAACUUGUGCGAGCAAGAGAAAGAGCACCCCGAGUGGCUCCCAUACACCUAUCCACCGGACUUCUACGACCCGGACGCCUUUUCGGUAACUUGGGAGCACAAUUUCUUCAGGAUUGGAGUUUAUGCCAAUGGUCCUGAGGAAUGGGUCAUGAAGAAUGGGCCAACAGGGGAAGGACAGAUACCCGGGAUCGAUUCGUGGGCCGAUUGUGAGAGAGAGAUCAUAGCGAUCAUUGACCGUCUGCCCAACCUCGAAGCGUUCGUGUGGGAAAUGGAGAUUGCAUUGCCUUCGAAACCUAUCGUGGAUGCUUUGGUGCGAGAGCCAAAGAGCUUGCGAAUGUUCCAUGCGCCUGGCGUCAAUCCACGUUCAGAUGUAAUGGAAACAUUGCCCGUUCUGGCUGGCGUCGAAUGUUUGUCCCUCGAAUUCGACAAUGUCGAAGGCGAUGAGGAGCUUCUCACCAAGGUCGCAAUACAGCUAUUCAACGCCCUAUGCACAUCAGGCAAAGUCAAACAUCUGAAGAUAAAAAUCAGAAACGUCGACAAAGCCGGCUACGGAUCCCUGAUCGCACUUGCGGCCCGGCUGAACAGCUUUGAAGGGAUGAUUCUUCCCCGGCGGGAUUCAGAGACCGACAAACCGCUCUGGUCCCCUGUAUUCCAAGCGCGCUCACAAGUAGCAGACGCUCUCAAUGCCCUCCGACCUCUUCUAAGGCAAGCGUGGCUGGGAAAGGAUGGCUCAGGCGACCUGACAGGCGACGAUGUGGCCCAGGUCUUUAAAAAACAUGAUGUUCUGCACCCCCUGGGUCACCUCGUCGACAUCAACACGGACUCAGCGUUGGCUCAGAAGACAGCGGAUGUCUGGAACGCACAGACUGACAAGGGAUCAAAGGAGCCAGGUUGGCCAAGAGAGGCAGUAUUAUCGCUCGAGCAUGGGUGGCCGAAUUUUCCCCCCUUUGCACCAGAGCCAUAGCUUAUCCUUGUCAAUCAGAAUCCUCAGCUAUGAUUGCAACGCAGCUCAGAACGCGACA